UAAAACCCAUAUAGAGAUUUCCAAGUACAGGUAAGGAAUCGAAAGGUGCGUCAGGACUUUGCAAGUGGUGCAAAUUGGAUUGAGUACGGUCAAACUAAUUUGGCGGUUUGGUCCGGGUCGGUUCGGACCAAAUGCACAGACACGACACCCAAGAUUUUCCGUUCUUGAUUCGCUGCAACUUGUUAUUAAACAAAUCCUUAAAAUCAGGCGGGUUAAAAAGAAAAACCUUAAUAUUAGGCAUUAUAGCUUGGAUUAGCUGGGCUGCGUCUCUCUCAGAAAAACCCAACAUUUUAAAGUCAGCGUAAGUCUGAUAGUUGCAAAUACAGAAAUCUAGAGAGAGAGAUGGCGGAAGCAGCAGCUGAUUUUCUGUUAGAAAACCUCAAGGAUACCCUGGUAUACCACACCAAUCUAAUCAUAGGCGCCAAGGGCCAAAUCGAGAAUCUGGAGAGGGAUCUCGACUUCUUCAGAGCCUUUUUGAGGGACAGAGUGAAGAAGCGGAGAAAGGAUGAGUUUAUGAAGGUGGUGGUGAGGGAGAUUCAAGAUCUUGUUUAUGAGUCUGAAGAUAUCAUUGACGCCUUUAUUACCAACGCCGUCCACCAAAAAAGCACCAAGAGCUCCUCCUCGAUCGAUCUCUACGCCGUUGCCAAAAAGGUUGAAGGGAUUAAACAGAAGGCCGAGCGCCGCAUGCCCCUUUUCGGCAUCUUGAGCGUCGAUGAUGAAGACAGCCAUGAAAAACCUGAGCCUCGGCCACCAAAAAAGAAAAAUCUGGUGGGCUUCAAAGAUGCGACGGAAGAUCUGAUACGCCGUCUGACUCGAGAAACCAACUAUUUUGAUGUCAUUUCUGUGAUUGGUAUGUUUGGGCUGGGCAAGACGACAUUGGCAUGCAAGGUUUAUAAUGAUCUAGAAAUCCAAUGCCUCUUCCCCAUCCGUAUAUGGCUUUCUAUUUCACAGGAUUUCUCAGCCAGAGAUAUCUUUCUAGACAUUCUCAAACAACUCACCACUAUAAGUGACCGUAUACUUGCCAAAAAUGACCAUGAGUUAGCCUAUGUGGUUGCUGGUCUUCUGGAGGGACAAAAAUUCUUGAUCGUCAUGGAUGAUGUAUGGGAAACUGCAGAUUGGGAUAGACUUCAUGCGGCUCUGCCCCAAGACAAUACAAAAGGUAAAGUCUUGAUCACCUCUCGUAUGAAUGGAGUGGGCUACUAUGCGAGCCGGCCGAGACCUCCCUACAAUUUGCGUCUCUUUAACUUGGAAGAAAGCUGGGAGCUGCUUCGGUUGGAGGCACUCGGCAAGCUGGACUGCCCUUCUCAAUUGGAACUUGUCGGACGACGAAUUGCAAAGAGUUGUGAUGGUCUGCCACUUGCAAUAGCAGUCAUAGGAGGCAUGCUUGUCACUAGGUCUUCAGGCUCAGUUACCACUGCAACGAGAAGAUGUUGGGAAAAAGUGUCCAAUCACGUGAGCUCAUAUGCCAUUGGGAAUGACCCGGCAGAUCGCAUGCAAAAAUCUAUAUCUCUGAGCUAUGACAAAUUACCUUACCACUUGCGCCCAUGCUUUCUCUAUUUCGGGUUGUUCCCAAAGGACUAUGAAAUUCCAGUGUCGAAAUUGAUCCGCAUGUGGAUAGGAGAAGGAUUCGUACAACAAGAGCUUGAUUAUAGUUUGGAGGAAACUGCUGAGAAAUAUUUGGAGGAUCUUAUCAAUAGAAACUUAGUCAAAAGUGACAAGUUUAAACCUGAUGGUACAGUUCACAGAUGCCGGGUUCAGGAUAUGGUACAUGAUUUCUGCCGCAUUGAAGCUGCAAAUGAAAACUUUCUCCAUGAAAUCAAGUAUGAGAGGGACAGACAGUUCGCACCUUCAACUUUUGACAUAGAUAAGUGUCGUCGCCUUUCUCUUCAUUCCAAUUGCAAGGACUUUAUCUCAUCAAGACCUUUUGGUCCUCGUGUCAGCUCAUUUGUUUGUUUUUCUAAUGAUAAGUAUGUCAUGUCUCCGGAAAACAGUAGAAACAUCAUUACAGCCUUCAAAUUGCUUAGAGUUUUAGAUGUUUUACCCUUCAAGUUCACCAAGAUUAACAGUGACCUGUACAAUUUGCUUCAUUUGAGAUACAUUGCCUUGUCGUCCAACUUGUCAGUUCUUCCAUCAAAGUUCAACCAGCUUUGGAACAUACAAACUCUUAUAGUUGACACCACAUGUCGUACGCUUAAAGUUGAAGCAGAUAUAUGGAAGAUGAACCAGUUGAGGCAUUUCAGGACAAAUGCCUCUGCUACAUUGCUCAAGUCAACUAAAGGUGGCAAAACAAGUGCACAACUUCAAACACUUGGCUUUAUCUCGGUGGAAAGUUGCACGGAUGCACUGUCUGAUCAGGCGCCCAAUUUGAAGAAACUGGGCAUCCGUGGGCAACUAGCAAUGCUUUUUAGCAGAAGGAAUGGAGCUUUUGAUAGUUUGGGGAAAAUGAGCGGACUUGGAAAGCUGAAACUAAUAAACGACACAUAUCCUAACCCACGGAGGGAAGGGGGAUUGAGUAGCCUUCCUAAAUAUGAUAGAUUCCCACCCAGCCUCACGAGCCUUACAUUAUGUGCUACUUUCCUCAGUUGGGAACACAUUUCUACCCUUGGAUUGCUGGAGAGACUUGAGGUGCUCAAGCUAAAAGAUUAUGCAUUCAGUGGGGACAUCUGGGAGGCUGCUGAUGGAGGUUUCCGGUGUCUUGAACUUUUGCACAUUGAAGACACGGAUUUAAUUGAUUGGAAUGCUUCAUCCCAUCACUACCCCAAGCUCAACACCCUUGUGCUCAAAAACUGUCAGAAGCUUCGUAGAAUUCCAGCUGAGCUAGCUGACAUACCAAGCCUCCAAAAGUUGGAGUUGCAUACUUGCAUAUCUGCUGCUGAAUCUGCCAAGGACAUUUUGGAUGCAAAGAAACAGACACUGGCCGAAGGCUCUGCAUUCACGUUGUCCAUCUUUCCUCCUAUUGAAUGAUCAAGUUUUAUUCAUCUUGCCAGUUGUAGGUUAUCAUACAAAGGUAGUGGCUGGCUGCUGCAGCCAUGGCUUGCUUGAAUAAUUGCUGUACUUCAAUUUGUUCUUCUCAUUGUGCUCGUUCGCUUUGUGAUGUUGAACUUGCAAAACGUUGCUUGUUUGUGUUGAAUGAUUACGUAUAGUUUAAUUCGUAGUACGUCUCUUCGUUUGCAA